AUUAAACAUUACUCGUUGAGUCGUGCCAAGAAUUCCACCUCCCCGCCAAAGGCGAAAAGCAAACAAGCUACUGUCCGUUUAAUAGACACAUCAGACUCGGAGUCGGGGUACAAGAAAGCUUUUUGCGUGGCCGGAAAAUGCAGACGCUAGUACUAGUUGGCUCAGCAAAUUUCACAUAUACCUGGUGCCCUCUAGCUCGACGUCAUUUCUUCACUCUUUCCGUUCGCCACCGCCCCAAACUCAAAUUCUCCACUUCUUCGGAUAAGGCAUGUAGGAGCUACAUUGACGAGGAAUGUGAUGAGGAUUUUUUGCCGUGGUUGGAGCAAAAAGCAUGUACAAAAAUAUCGUCCAUGCUUUCCAUUGGAAAAUCUGCACAUGGAAGGGCUCUAUAUGCUUCCAAGCCCAUACAAGCUGGGGACUGCAUAUUGAGAGUUCCUUACAGCGUGCAACUAGCACCAGAUAAUCUUCCUCCGGAAAUUUGUUCUUUGUUUGGAGAUGAAGUUAGCAGUGUCUCAAAAGUUGCUCUACUCCUGCUGCAUGAGCAGAAAAUGGGUCAGAAAUCUGAAUGGGCUCCAUAUAUCCGUCGGCUUCCUCAACCUUUUGAAAUGCAUAACACUAUAUUCUGGAGUGAUGAUGAACUGGAGAUGAUUAGACAAAGUGUUAUAUACCAGGAGACCAUCAAACAAAGGAAUCACAUUGAAAAGCAGUUUAUGGCAAUUAAACCAGCCACUGAUCAAUUCCCUCAAUGUUUUGAAGAUGUCUCUCUGAAGGACUUUGCUUAUGCUCAUGCUUUAGUUUUAUGGACUCGAACAUUUGGCGAUGACCUCUUUCUUGACAUUCCAGUUACAUCUCGAGCAUGGGAAAGCUCGAGGGGUGUCUCGAUGAUUCCAUUUGCAGAUUUUCUAAAUCAUGAUGGUACUUCAGAGGCAUGUCUUAUGAGUCAUGAAGGAAAACAGCUCUCAGAGGUCAUUGCUGAGCGUGAUUACAGCCCUGGUGAUCAGGUGCUAAUAAGUUAUGGAAAAUUUUCCAACAGUAGCCUAGUUUUGGACUUUGGCUUCACAGUUCCUUACAACAUUUACGACCAGGCUCAAGUUGAGCUCAAUAUACCUCAGCACUAUCAUCUUUUUCAGAUGAAGUUGGAACUUCUGCAGAGAUUCAAGGCACCAGCCAUUAAAGAUGUCAAUGAAUUUAGCUCUUCUGAGAAAUUAUUUACAAUCAAGGAAGUGAAGUUUGCUUCUAAGAAAGGGAGGGGAAUUCCACAAUCUUUUCGUGCAUUUGCUUGUGUACUAUGUUCAAAUGCUCAAGAAUUGAGUGAUUUGGAGUCAGAAGCUGCACAAAGCCAUGGUAGGCUGGCUCGAAGUCCUUUGAAAAACAAAAGCAGGGAGAUUGAAGCACAUGAGUUGAUACACUCAAAAAUAACUGAACAAAUCAAUGAAUAUGAUGCAUGUAUCAAGUCUCUGGGACCAUCCACCUCUCAAAACUUGGUUAGAAAACAUGCUUUAAGGAGACAAAUGGCUCAUGAUCUUCUUAGUGGUGAGCUUCGUGUUCUGAAGUCUGCUUCU